UCGUGUUUAGUUUCCCUCUCAUAGUCAAAGGAAGGGUUGAUUCCUUUGGGAAGAGACACAAAUCACUUCAAUUUGAUCAAGAGGGCUAAGGAUACAGCCUCCUCUUGAUUUACCCACUUUUGAAGGCUUUUUUCUUCCUGACAAAGCAAAAUCGGAAAAAAGAAGACAAGAGGAGAAAAGUUGUUUAGGUCAUGAUGACAUCUGAUAUGAGGUCUGCUUGAUCGCACCAGCUGCUCUCAGGAAACAUUAUCAGCACAGAAAAAAAAUCUUGCUUUUUGUUUCCAUUUUACACCGGGAUCUGUCCUGGUUUCCAAACUCCUUCCCAUCCGAGCGCUGAGCUGCCUCUCUCUCUCUUUCUCUCUCUCGCGUUCUCUCUCUCUUACGCACGGGAGGUGGGCACCUGAGAACACUACCAACGGGAAGAGAGUGUGAGAGAUCCCGGUUUCAUGUUUGGGAUUCAGGAGAGCAUCCAAAGGAGUGGGAGUAUUUUGAAAGAGGAGCCCAUCGGAGCCGGCAUGAACGCAGUCCGAACAUGGAUGCAAGGCGCCGGGGUGCUGGAUGCGAACACGGCCGCGCAGAGUGGAGUGGGACUGGCCCGGGCGCACUUCGAGAAACAGCCGCCCUCAAAUCUUCGCAAAUCCAACUUCUUCCACUUCGUUUUAGCCCUUUAUGACCGGCAAGGACAACCGGUGGAAAUUGAGAGAACCUCUUUUGUCGGAUUUGUGGAAAAAGAGAAGGAGACUACAGGAGAGAAGACAAACAAUGGCAUACAUUACAGACUGCAACUUCUCUACAGCAACGGAAUCAGAACAGAGCAGGAUUUUUAUGUAAGACUAAUUGACUCCAUGACUAAACAGGCCAUCAUAUAUGAAGGUCAAGACAAGAACCCGGAGAUGUGCCGUGUGCUCCUGACUCAUGAAAUCAUGUGCAGCCGUUGUUGUGACAAAAAGAGUUGCGGGAACCGCAACGAGACACCCUCGGAUCCCGUCAUCAUCGACAGAUUUUUUCUGAAGUUUUUCCUAAAAUGCAAUCAGAACUGCCUGAAGAAUGCAGGAAAUCCACGGGAUAUGAGGCGCUUUCAGGUUGUUGUGUCGACGACGGUGAGCGUAGAAGGACACGUUCUGGCUGUUUCGGACAAUAUGUUUGUGCACAACAACUCCAAACAUGGCAGAAGAGCUCGGCGACUGGACCCGUCAGAGGGAACGCCGUCAUAUCUGGAACAUGCAGCUGCACCUUGUAUCAAAGCCAUUAGUCCGAGUGAAGGUUGGACAACAGGAGGUGCCACUGUCAUCAUCAUUGGAGACAACUUCUUUGACGGACUGCAGGUCAUCUUCGGCACCAUGUUGGUCUGGAGCGAGCUCAUCACACCUCAUGCAAUCAGAGUUCAGACCCCUCCUCGUCACAUCCCUGGGGUGGUAGAGGUCACGCUUUCCUAUAAAUCCAAACAGUUUUGCAAAGGCACACCAGGAAGAUUCAUCUACACAGCUCUGAAUGAGCCCACCAUAGACUACGGUUUUCAGCGAUUACAGAAGGUGAUACCACGACAUCCAGGAGACCCUGAACGCCUUCCAAAGGAAGUGAUUUUGAAGAGAGCAGCAGAUCUAGUGGAAGCACUUUAUGGAAUGCCUCAUAAUAACCAGGAAAUCAUUUUGAAGCGAGCAGCAGACAUUGCUGAAGCCCUGUACAAUGUGCCACGAAACCACAACCAGCUCACCGGCCUCACCAACAGCUCUGUCCAUGCAAGCAUGAUGGGAGUGAACUCCUUCACCGGACAGCUCGCCGUUAACGUCUCAGAGUCGUCUCAGGGUGGAAACCAGGGUUUCAGUCGUAACACGAGUAGCGUAUCACCACACGGAUAUGUGCCCAGUUCUACCCCUCAGCAGAGCAGUUACAGCACGGUAUCCACCAGCAUGAAUGGAUAUGGCAACAGCGGCAUGACCAACCUGACUGGCUCCCCGAGCUUCCUGAAUGGCUCUGCUGCCAAUUCGCCCUACGCAAUCGUCCCCUCCAGCCCCACCAUGGCCUCUUCCACCAGCCUGCCCUCAAACUGCAGCAGCUCCUCUGGAAUCUUCUCCUUCUCUCCGGCAAACAUGGUUUCAGCUGUGAAACAGAAGAGCGCGUUCGCUCCUGUCGUUCGGCCCCAGUCCUCACCUCCACCUACAUGCACCAGCACCAAUGGGAACGGUCUCCAAGAUCAGUCUUUUGUCGACUCUAACAAGUACUCCACAGCCAGCGCGCUCCAGGGCCUGGCCUUCUCCUGAAUUAUCCCUGGAAUGAUCGUUCCUCCAAUGUAGGGUGCGUGUGUGUGUGUGUGUGCGUUUGUGUGCAGACAGAAAGAUGAAACACGCUCUUUCAUGCCACUGGUUUCAUUGAGCGUGUGCAGAAAACUCCGGCGCUGGACUGACCUGGCGGUCCCGUUCUGAAGGAUGAAAAACGACAAACUCAGGCCCUUUUUAAACACAAUCUGCUUUGAAACAAAAAGAUAUAGAAGAACAAUACGAGAAAAAAUAUCGAACUGAACUGUUGUACCUCCCUGUUUUGAUGUUGAAAUUUGUACUCACCUUCUAGACACUUUUUAAGAUAAGGGGCGACGGCACAGACGAUGCUCAGCCGCCCGUCUACACUAUAACAUGAGAGGUCUAUUUAUUUUAAAAACGUAGUUAUUGAUUUGCCAUCAUAUUUGUGUGUUCCUGUGUGUACCACCCUUUUAUGAAAUGAUACCUGUCACAAUAUUGCAGUGGUUUCUAUUUAUGAUUUUACGUAGAUGAAGGAUCGCAGGUGAUUUUUGCGCAGGAAUGUCCCACUGAAUUUGCGAAAUUGCUUUCGAGGUUGAAGAAGUGAAGUUUGUCCGUCUACAAAAUGCCAGCAAUGUAAAUUCAUACUUAAACUGCUGCGGUGAAAAUAUACUUUAUGCCUUUUUUAUCAUAGUUAAAAAAAACAAUUCACUGUCACCAUCUUGAUUUUCAUACUCAUAUUCCAUUUGCUGAGAUUAUGCUGCCUUCAAGUCCUUCUAUGAAGUCAUGAAGAACUUUUUUGAAGAGACUUUGGUUGAGGAAAAUUGGCAUGUUUGGCAAUUUCAAAAUUAAUACCAAGCUUUUUAACAUCAUUACAAAAUUAAAGCAUAGCUCUCCCAAAAAUGAAAUUUUGUUAUUUACUAACCCUCAAGUUGUUCCAAACGUGCUUGGUUACCCACAUUAUUCAAAAUAUCUUUUGUGCUUGGUUUGGACCAACCUGAGGGUGAGUAAACAAUGCUAAUGAAAUUAAUUAAUUUUUUUUUUUUUGGGUGAACUAUCCCUUUAAAAGCAUAGGAUGCAUGUAAUCUGUGUAUGUAUUUUAUAUAGUUAUGCCUUCAAAGAAUGAAAAGUAGUGUUUUUGGUUUAGCUUCAUUGCUAUUCUUGAUCCAUAGCACACAAACUGCAUAUUAACAGUCAUUUCAAAGUUAUUAAGAUCAGUUUGUUUCCACAAAGAUUUUAAUUGGCAUUGCAGCAACUCAUACUUGAAGAAAAGAAACUAAAGUUUCUCACUGGAGAUGAAGAUAUUGUGUUGGUAAAUCCAACAUGACUUGAAGGCAACAUUUGACAUUUCAUUCUCAUCUCUACCCAGUUUUAUCAUUAUGCAAAGCCGAAAUGUAUAGACCAAACACUCACCCAUAGUAGCACAAGAGAGUCAAAGACAAGUACUCAUUGUAUACAGACACAAGCCCAAAAAGCGAUUGCUGCCUUCUUUUUGUAGCUACUCCCUAUGGAGGAUUUGUAUUUGCAACGUCAGCAAAAAUGCAAAUUAGUGUGUUUUAUGCCAUUUUAAUGACAUUUUUUCCUAAUUUGUUUGUGUUGUAGAAAAAACUGUGAUAACUUUUUUUAUACUUUACUUUGCAAUGGAUUCCCUCAAAAAAGGUAAAGUUCUGAAUGAACCGACUAAAAGGUUGAGGAGGAAGACGAUUAAGUAUUUAAUGUUCGCUGGAGCCGUUUUGCUUUUCUUGUAGUUCUCAACUGGUUUUGCUUCGAGACCCAGAGUUUGCCCAACACAGCAUUGAAGUUAUAAUGCAGAUGUGAUGAAAAUGUCUUUAAAAUCAGCAAUGAACUGUAAAAUUAGAACUACACUGUAAAAAAAUAAAAAAACACAAUUUGUUGAGUCAGCUUAAAAUAAUUUGUUACCCUGCUGCCUUAAAAUUUUAAGUUCAGUCAACUAAAAUAAGUUUAUUCAACUUGAAAUGUUAAGUUGUACUAAGUAACAACUUAGAUAUUUGUGUUUGCUAAACUUAACAGAUGGGUAAGUAACCCAGCUGCCUUAAAAUUUUAAGUUCAUUCAACUCAAAUAUCUAAGUUGUCACUUAGUAUAAUUUAACAUUUCAAGCUGAAUAAACUUUGAGUUGACUGAACUUAAAAUUUUAAGGCAGCCAGGUUACAAAUUAUUUUAAGUUGACUCAACAAAUUGUUUUUUACAGUGUAUGCCCAUUACAUGAUUCAUUGCAUUUUAUGUCCCAUCAGCCCUAGCGAAAAGUAAAUAAACUAAAUGUAUUUAAAAUACAUUUAUUUCAUACUAAGUAUACUACAAAUACAUAGUAUGUACUUAAUAAAAAAAACAUAUGUAAUUGUACUUUUAGUAUACUAAACUGGUGUACUUAAAGUCUGCUGAAUUGGAACAUCUAAUUUUGUAUUUGUAAGCACUUUAAUUGAGAAGAAGCACACUUGAAGUAGUUUCAGUUUAAAAAAGUGUUUGUGCUGCCUUAAAAUUUUAAGUUUACUCAACUCAAAUAUCCACAUUUUCAUGUAGUACAACUUAACAUUUCAUGUUGGCUAAACUUAAAAUUUUAAGGCAGCAUGAGCACUUACUUUUUUAAGUUGAAACUAUUUUUUUUUUUUUUACAGUGUAGUGCUGAAGUCUAACUAAACAUAUACUAAGUAUAUUUGAUUGUGCUAAAGUGGAACUAUUGCAUUUAAAGACCGAUAUUAUUUAAAGACCAUACAGUUUUUUAAUAGUUACGUUAAAACAUAUUUUAGGCUUAAUUUUAAGAAAUGUGCAUUGUGCACAAGUAGUACUCCAAAUAAAGUUUAAUUUAAAUUUUUAUUUCAAUAAGUCUCAAGUGAUAUAUCAGUAACUAUGUUAAUGGACUUGAACUAUACUUAGUAUAAAACGAAUGCAUUUUAAAUCUAUUACUCUUUUACUAGGGAGAUCAGAAAUGUAGCCCAUUUUCAUGUGCGUCCCACCAGUUGAGAACUACCGAUGUAGAUCAGUCUGAUCGAAUGUUUAGAAGUUGAAGGGUUUUGAUGUUACGGCAUAGUCAGCACUGUGAAAGCUCUGUACCCUUUUCACAAAAGUUUUGAGAUCUAGAUGAAGCCAUUACUUUGGAUUCUAGCGUGUGUGCUUUGCACAGACUGAUAAAUAUGUUUGAUUUUAUAUUUCUCUUUUAUUUUGCCAAAGUCAUUGUUUGAAAUCUAUUUAUACAUCAGAAUGGAGUCAUAAGGCAGCUUUAUACAACCUAGUGUCACUGAUAUAAUGUUUACGACAUGCUUAGCAGAUCUCAUUGACUUUAGCUCUGAGGUUUCGAUGAUCACGAAGGGAUAUAUGUAGGAUAUCCAUAUGAAUAUUGUAUGUAUGUAUCGCUCGAAAUUGUACAUGCUUCAAACUGUCAUUUGUCAUGUUUGCGUGUUUUUCGCUCAUCGAUUUGUUUUUAUUUUGUCAUCUGCCAAGUUGUGUCCAUAAAUGUGAUUUUGGAAUUUAGUUUGUAUAGUAAUUUUUGUGUGUCAAAAAAACGCCUUUUUUUCUUUAAGUCCAUUCGCACAGAGCGAUUGGGUUUUUUUCUUGUUAAUACGUGUCGUUAUACCAUGUUUUGUUUCAGAUGGCAAGAUUUGUUAAAUAGUUUGUACUUUAAUGCAAUGAAGUUUGAGAAUAUAUAUUCACCAUGUAAACAAUAUAAUCUUUUAAUUUUGCUUCUCUGGAACUUGCAGAGAAAAAGAUUCAUACAGAUACAGUAAUAUCUCCCUGUUUUUGAAUAUUUUCUCUCUGGAAUUUGCUUUUUUAAAAGGUAAAGUAAUACACAUAUCUGUUCCUUGAUUUCCCUUGUCAAUAGUUCCACAAUCGUUAUCUUUUUUGUGGAAGUGUACCAACAAUGAAAUGUCUUAAUGCAGAUUUCUCUUUUUUACAUUAUUUAUUUAUUUUUUAAAAAAAUUAUUUAGAUAGUUGGUUAGGAAAAAAUAAAUUAACAAGUUAAACUAUGGAGUAACAGCACAAGAGUCUAUACAGUUAUCCGCUCGUUCAUGUCAUUCCAUGACACUCGUCUCCACUUUCAUGUCUUAAGUUUCAUCCCAUUUUUUGUUCCAGUGCAUCACUUCACAAAACUUUCUGUUUCUCUCUGAAUCAUGCAUUUCCCAUUUUUAAAAUGGGCAUCAAUUGCAAAGUUAUCAUUUGAUGGUUAUUUGACUUAUUGAUGAAUAUGUCACACGUCCAAAUUGACAAGUCAUCUGCUUCUGUUUUUCUUGUUGAUUACAUACUUGUUGUAGACUGGACUUUCAGUGGGCAGUUAUUACUGGUGAAAAAUAUAAAAAGAAACUACUGUAAAGAUGAUCAUUUUUUAAAUUACCUUUGAACUGUAAAAUAACUUUUUGACUUUCACAAUAUUUAAUUAAAGUUUCCUCUUGUCUGUGA